GACUUUUCUCCUUUUCCCCAGCGUGGCCCUAUUUGUCGUCAUCGCAUGGUUUCCGUGUCAUCAAUCCCUUCAUUCCAUAGCAUUCACACACAGAUAGAGAUGAAUAAAUUAUACUUUAUAUUAGGGUUAGGAUUUGGACUGAUGUUCAACUGCUAGAGCUUCUUAAUUUCGACCGCGGGGGAAGAAAUUGAUGGUCUGGAGCUGUCUGGGGAGAAUGAUGAAGUGUUUUCUCGCGUUCAAGGACAAAUCCAAGCCCAAGAGGUCAUCCGGAGACUCGGCGCCGGAGCUGACCGGCGGGGGCAAGCCGGAGGGAUUCUCCUCCGCUACCUCCAGCCGCGCCACGCGGUCCACUGGCUCGGUUUCUUCCCCGAAAAGCAUACCCCAAAUGUACAGGGAGAAAGGGCAGUCUCUGAGGGUUUUCUCGCUCUCGGAGCUCCGGGAGGCCACCACCGAUUUCAAUAGGAUGUUGAAGGUCGGAGAAGGAGGGUUUGGGAGUGUCUAUAAGGGCUCUAUUAAGUGCUCUGAUGGCUCUCCCCCUUUGAUUGUUGCCAUUAAGAAACUCAAUACUCAGGGCAUGCAGGGUCACAAACAAUGGGUUGCUGAAGUUCAGUUCCUCGGUGUCUUGGAGCAUCCGAACCUUGUUAAGCUUCUAGGAUAUUGUGCCACCGAUGGGGAGAGGGGGAUCCAGCGCCUAUUGGUUUAUGAGUAUAUGCUGAAUAAGAGCUUAGAAGACCAUCUUUUUAACAGAACUAAGGCUGUCAUUUCAUGGAGGACAAGGUUAACCAUUAUCCUCGGUGCAGCUGAAGGAAUGGCCUAUUUGCACGAGGGCUUGGAUGUCCAGGUUAUAUAUCGGGAUUUCAAAUCAUCGAACGUGCUCUUGGAUGAGAAUUUCAAUGCAAAGCUUUCCGACUUCGGGCUUGCAAGAGAAGGGCCAGUAGGUGACAGAACUCAUGUUUCUACAGCACCCGUCGGCACAAUUGGAUAUGCUGCUCCAGAAUACGUUGAAACCGGCCAUUUGACAGUCAAGAGUGACAUAUGGAGUUUUGGGGUUGUUCUGUAUGAAAUGCUCACAGGUAGGCGGGUGAUAGAAAGGAGCCGUCCGAGUUCCGAGCAGAAGCUUCUGGAUUGGAUCAAGCAAUUCCCCGUUGAUAGCAACCGGUUUAGAAUGGUAAUUGACCCACGGCUUCAGGGCCGAUAUUCUCUCAAUGCUGCAAGGCAGAUUGCCAAACUUGCAGACACCUGCUUGAACAAGGUCUCUGGGAACAGACCCUUAAUGAGCCAAGUGGUGCAAGUUUUGGGACAAAUUCUAAGAGAUUCGGACGAAGGGUCCUCGGAAAUUAAGGGUUCGGAACCAUUAAGGACCCCAAGAGCUUUGGGCUCAGACAAACAAAUCUCAAAGAAGCGAAUCCCCGAAAGUCCUACAGAAACGACUCCGAGAUGAGUUCAUUACAUUUUUUAGAUUUUAUUUGGGAGAGAAGAUAUAAAUAUGGAUGGAAACAAGAAUGAGAGGGGUAUUUUCCUAGGUAACACGUCGGUUUUCUUAUACUAUUAUGUGUUCAAAGUUUUCUUGGCUGGCAACUACAACUUGCCAUUAGUGAUCUAUAUAUGUGAAUAUUGAGAAUCUUUAUUAAUUUUCUAAAUAAGUUGUAAUAUUUAGUAGUUAUGUGGCACAAAUGGACUU